UACACGUGACCGUCAUCUGCCGAAAGCCCGCCUGAAUUGUUUUUUGCGCGAAAAGUCGGUGGGUACCCGAACGGCCGUUUAACAAGUGUUGAAGUUCGAUGCGGGUUAAAAUUUGUUGCUUAAAAGUUUCACUCUGAGUCGUAACUGUCAGGAGGGACGACGAUGGGUCCCAGCAUGCUAAAUCUGCUUCGGGGGAACGAGCACUUUCGUAUGUCUGUGAACGACGGGCGGGCGGCCGCGCUGACCUAUUCCGUCCUCAAGAAUCUCCACAGCCGGGAUGCAAGCGAAUACGUCAUGCGAAACGACGGUGAAGAAGUUUCUCCGCUUGCGUGCACCUACUUUUCAGAGCCAGACCUCCGCGACCUCCUGGCAGUGGCCGACGAGGAUGGCACAGUGCACAUGUUGCGGACCCGUCAGCCUGGCAACCGCCUUGCCUUGGAGACCUCGUUUCAGGCAGAUGAGAACGCAAUCUUUGACCUGUGCACGAGGCCUGGGCGGCGGCAUCUUGCAACAGCAGGUGGAGACCUGUCCAUUACUCUCUGGGACCUUGACCACCAGACGGAAGUGUCGAGGUUCAAAGCACACACGGGCAGCGUCAAAUGUGUGUGCUUUCUUCCGGGGCAGUCUGAUGUGUUUGCAUCGGGAUCCCGAGAUGGUUCCGUGAUGGUCUGGGACACUCGCUGCUCCGAACCUCAGGUGACCAUCCCCAGGGUACACUGCACGGCUGCCGGACCCUUGCCCAGCAAGAGUAGAAACGUCAUUGGCCGGAAGGUGCUUAGAACACCCUGCAGCGUGACUGCCUGUGCGUUCCGCGACGAGCACUACUUGGUUACGUGCGCAGCGAACAAUAGGGAAGUGAAGGUGUGGGACUUGCGGAAGAACUACCAGCUCUUCAAGAACGACCCCCGGCCAGUCAGAGCCUUUCCCUAUGCAGGGCGGAGCAAGGCCAUUCACGGCUACACCAGCAUGGUGCUGGACCAGUCCAGAAGGCGCGCCUUUCUCAACUGCACAGACCACAACAUCUACGAGUUUGACCUGCUGGCCAGCAACACGUCUGAACCCUUGAGGACCUACUGUGGACACAGCAUAAAGAGCUUCUUUGUCAAGCUGGCCCUGAGCUGCGAUGGCCGUUACCUGGCCAGUGGCUCUUCGGACUCGGCAGCGUACAUUUGGCAGGUGGGCACUCCAGGGUUUCCCAAGCUGCGGCUUCCCGGCCAUGAAGGUGAAGUGGCCGUACUUGCCUGGGACGCCUCUCACCCAGCCAGGCUGGCGACUUGCGGAGAUGACUUUCGGGUGCUGCUCUGGGAUGCAGCAGGCACGGAGGACACGACAGUGGACUGUACACGUGCCGAGGCGUUCACACUUACAGAGAGCGCAGAGCCACCGGUCAUCGCAUCACCCAGUUCGUCCCGGCUUGUACCUCCACACCCUUCCACGUGCAGUCUUCGGACACCGACAAGGAGGAAGGCGUCGAUGGCUGACUGGCUCACACCGCCCACCAAGCGCAGGCUAACUGGUGCUGCCAGCAUGACACCGGGAGCUUGGGGGCAAGGUCCACGCGUGGAGUGCGAUGCAGUGUCGUCGGAUGUUGACUCGCUGCCACGCCAGUCUCCUCCUUCCGCCGAUGCCGUGCUCUCCCCAAGAAAGAAGGUCGACAACACCUUUAACCUACCUCAGCGGCGCUUGCUUCCCCACCUCAACGCCCUCGAAAAUGGCACAGAGAAAGAAGCCAGCGUGCCAGACUCGACAGCGUGCGACCUGGAAAACUGGCCACUGCAGGCGCUAGAAACGCCGCCACGGCCCGCAGCGCCCUCUGAGACGAAGUUGUCCGCCCCGAGUGCGUCGCGCAGCCGCAAGCAGCACAAGGUCAUGACGAGGCUCUUCAAGAGACAGACGCUCUCCGCUGUUCACAAGGGAAAGAGUAAGGCAAAAAGGGUGCUGCUGAACACACAACAGCAAAUAACAUCUUUCUUCAAGCGUUGACGACGGAGCUACGUCUUGCUCACAUCAUCGCUGCUCAUGCCGGUUUUCCCUGCUGGCUAGCCACUCACUGCCGGUGUUGCAGACAGGUCAACAGAAGAAGCAACCUCCUCACUACUGGAGUGGACUGACGAGUGUAUGCUCGACAAGCCUCCCUGAAAUUUUAAUGUCGGGCCAAACAGAGUGCCAACUUUACCUAGUGAACAAAAUGAGAAGUGUAGUACUUUGUUGCAUUGUUUUUACCCCUUGUGUUUUUAUGACGAACUUUUAUGUGACAUGUAUAUGGCAGCACCAGCCAACGACAACAAAUUCUUUGAGCUAAAGACUUUGUUUUUGACGAUAUGAAAAAGAAAAGCAAAGAGGCUUCGUGUCUUAGUGUUUUUAUUGUGGUUUUAAGAUUUUAUGGCGCGGUAUAUAACGUGGGUGCUCUAGUAUGGCAUUUAAAAUAUUGUUUUCUUGACCUUCCUUUUCUAAUAGUGCUAUAGGUACAGUCACUGUGUAUUCUUGUAUAAGGGUCGCUUUUCUUUUUUUUUUUUAAUAUGCUGGCUCGGAUGUGCCACAUAUAUGGUUGCACGAUGAAAAAUCUGCUGAGCUUUUCACACAUGUGAACAGUGUGUUUGAGUUGAUAGCACCUGCGUACCUAUUGGGUGGCAUCGAUGUUUAGGGGCGUCGCCCUUGCACAUGGGUACGUAGACUCUGGCAUUAGGUGUUCAUUGCGUAAUGUUCGUAACUGUAUUAUGUUGGACUGGAUCGAAGAGCUCGUUCACAGGGUCAUGACACGUGUUUUGACAUAUCAAGGUUUGUCUUAAAAUGCUUAAAAGUUCUAAAAUGGAUGCCACUGUAUUUUUUUGCCUUAAACUUUGUUAAAACCACAGCAAGUUACAGCAAGUGACUUUAUAAUGUACUAACUGCCUAAGUACUGGUAAUUUGUAGUUUUUCAGCAAUAGUUCUCACAUCUCCCAUUUAUUUCCACGGCACCUGCGUUAUGUGGAGUUCGAUUUAUCAGUUAUGGAUGUAACCUUUGUCCUAUGUAAACAAAUAUUUUGCCAUCUUGCAGCUUCAGUGUUCUGAAAUUCAUUAUAAUCAAAUCUGACUGUAUGUGUAUGUUUGCUGGCGUUGGAUGGCAAAGUGGACUGAUAAGAUUUCCCUCGUUUGGGAGGGUUUGACUGAUGGUCUUUCACCUUAUUGGUCUGCACUACUGUAAAAGAAAUGUCAUACAAGUGAAGUUGUGUCAACACUGUCCUACAAAAUAGUGUCUUAUUCACCUAUCAGUUUUAAACAUUGCAUUCUUUUCUGUGCUCAUGUCAUUCAUUUUGUGGCUGCACUAGUAAACAAGUUUUGCUCGUGCAAUAACAUUUGUUCCACUGAUGUUUUCAUUACUGCAUGUGACAAUAAACAUAAAGAAUCUGC